AGGUACUAUAUAAGCGUGGAAAGUCCGCGAGUGCGUCAGUCGAAAUAAACAAUCUAGUGAGUUACUAACGAUACGAAUAAACAAAUAAACAAAAACAUGUCUCUUAUGCCGUAUUGGUUGCGUCAUUUGAGGAACGUCGCCUACAGGGAUCCGGUCGUCAGGAUUCUAGAAGAUCCUUUUGCUGUUUUUGCCAAAGACCCGUUUUUCCGAGACCCGCUGAAGUACAUGCGGCAGGUUACUGCGCCGUUGGAGCAUGAACAGCACGGCAUCGAAGGCGUAUACUCUGAUUCAGAGGUAAAAGUUGACGGCAAGAAAGUUGAAGUGCAUCUAGAUGUCCAGAAUUUCUCACCGGAACAGAUUCAAGUGAAAACAGUCGGUAAGGAGGUUAUGAUUGAAGGAAAAAAGGAAAUUAAGCGUGAAGAUGGAUGGACCAAGAGUCACUUCGAAAGACGAUUCCUGUUACCAGAGGGCUUUCCGCCAGAGAGGGUCGAGUGUCAUCUCGAUAAGGGUAAAUUGAAAUUGGUGGCGUUCAGAGCGGAACCAGUGCCGGAAAGAAAUAUACCCAUCCAGGAUAAGUCGGCGAGUGAAGAAAAGGCUUAAUUACUUGUAAAAUAAAAUGACUGUAUUUAUAAUUUGAAGUGUGAUUUAUAGUUUUCGUUUAGACUGAAUAGGCUUAUAAGUUACUAUGUAAUUUGAAAAUAAAUUUAUUUAUACAUUGCAAUCGUUUUUUUUUUUCUUCGUAACGAUUACAUUUUUUAUAAUUCGAGAUUUUUUUGUAUACCUUGCUUAAAAUACAUAGAUUAGAAGAGAUCUUAUGUUACAAUGUAAUUCGAAAAUAAAUUUGUUUAUACAUUA